AUGCACCCUGAAACCAGGGGGGUGCCAGUGAACUGGCUCUCCUUCAUUUUUGUUGAGUUUUCUCUGCUGUCACUGACAGACACAUAUGGAUUCAGUCACUGCACCCAGUAUGAAUUUAACAUUCACCAUGUGAUCUGUGUCCGAAAGAACAUCACCAGCUUGAAAGAAGGCAUUCAUGAUCUCCCUGGAUAUAUCACUCACCUCAACCUUACACACAACCAAAUCAAAAUUGUGCCCUCUGAGAGUUUUGCUAAUUUGUCUAAUCUUGUGGAUCUUAGACUGGAGUGGAACUAUAUUUGGGACAUUGGUCCAGGGGCCUUCCAGGGGCUUAAAAACUUGACCUUUUUGAACCUAGUGGAAAAUAAGCUUGAGAAAAUCAACUCUUCUUUUGAGGGCCUGUCCAAUCUGAAAACUUUGCUCCUGAGCCACAAUCAAAUCACCUGGAUCCACGAAAAUGCCUUUGUCCCACUUGUCAAUUUACAGUACUUAAGCUUGUCUCGUAAUGCAAUAACUAAUUUUUCCAAUGUCCUGGCAGCUGUACAGCAUCUCCCACGCCUGGAGGUUCUUGAUCUCACCAAUAAUACCAUUGCUUUCCUGAACUGUAGUUCGACAUUCCGCCUUUCCUUCACCAAGCUGAUCUUGAUGAGGAACAAGCUGGUGGACUUGGAUUUUUCUACUCUGUCACUUCCUAACUUAACCACCCUGGAUGUCUCCCAGAAUGCUAUCCAGAAUGUGUAUCUGGAGACUCUAUACCACGUGAGGAGUUUGAAUUUGAGCGGGACACAAAUGAAAGUGGAAAAUCUUCAAGCCAAACAUCUGCAGAAUCUAGUGGAGCUGGACCUCAGUGGUAUUAAUUCAUCGCUGAGUGGAGUUUGUCACCUCCUCCAAAAUUUGCCCAGGAUAAAGACGUUAUUUUUAAAGAAAAAUAGAAUUAACUCAGAGGACAUCAAGCACCUCACCAACUGUACUAUGCUUCUGUCUCUUGACCUGAGCCACAAUAAAGGUUUGGUCCAUCUCUGUAAUGAUGAGUUCAAUGGCAUGCCCAGCCUCGAAUGGCUGGAUCUGAACAGCUGUAUGCUCUCCCAGAUCAGCAACAAGACUUGGAAUUCCCUCCAGAAUUUGACAGUUUUAGACCUGAGUAGAAAUAGAUUUAAAAGCUUUCCGGAUUUUGCAUUUUCUCCCCUUAUUCAUCUGCAGUCUCUCUCUCUUUCCAGAAACCCCAUCACAGAGCUCAACGGUCUGACCUUCUAUAGCCUACAUGCAUUGAAGGAGCUCAACUUGGCUGGGUGCUGGAUAGUGGCAGUCGACAAAUCCUCUUUUGAUCAAUUUUCGAAUCUUGAGAACCUAAACCUUCGGGAGAACAAUAUCCGAACUCUGAAACGGAACACUUUUUUAUCUCUGAAUAAGCUUCAGGUUCUGACCCUCUCCCACAACCGUCUGACCACCAUAGAGAAAAAGGCCUUUUCUGGCCUAAGAAAACUAUACAAACUUGACCUCGCAUACAAUGUCCUGUCUGAUUUGCACCCUGACAUGUUCUUGGCACUGGAAGGACUAGAGGUUUUAGACCUCAGUAAUAAUAAAAUAACUUAUGAAACUUCCAGGAGCCUCCAAAGUCCUCCUUUUAAGGAUCUCCAGUUCCUCAAAUACCUCAACCUAGAAGAACAAAUAAACGGGAUUCAGGUUGUCCCAAUUAACUUCUUCCAAGGACUUGGACGUUUGCAGGAACUAUUACUGGGAAAGAACUCCAAGGUAUUUCUAGACCACCUCCAGUUGGACCAGCUGCCUAACCUCAUCAGGUUGGAUAUCUCAGGGACAAAAGCUGGAGAUCGGGGCCUCUAUUUAAAUACCUCCUUGUUCCACAAGCUCAAACAACUUAAAAUAUUGCGACUGGAGAACAACAACUUGGAAUCAUUAGUUCCCGAGAUGUUUUUUGGUUUGGAACACCUUCAGGUCUUUUCCUUGAGGUUCAAUAACCUGAAAAUCAUUCAUCAAAACCUCUUGCAGAACCUCAAGUCCCUGACGUACUUUGAUGUCUAUGGGAAUGAGCUUGAGUGCACCUGUGAUAACGAGUGGUUCAAGAACUGGUCCAUCAACACACCAAGUGUUCAUAUCCCCUACCUAGGGAGCUUCUAUUGUCAGCAGCCAAAUACACAGAGCCUACUGGUGGGCUUUGAUACUUCUAUAUGCAAUUUUGACACAGGUAAAAUCUACUUUUUCUGCUCCUUCAGUCUAGUGCUUGCAACCAUGGUCCUCUCUUGGUUUGGUACCGAGAUUAUCUCAACUAUGAGAUAUGGGAUCUAUAUGUUUAAGUCCUUGUACAUGGCCAAGUGGAAUCAAACACAAAAGGAGUUUGUCUAUGACGCCUUUGUCUCCUUCAAUACUGCUGAUGAGCAAUGGGUUUAUAAGGAGCUCGUGCCUGCCCUAGAAAGGGGUGGCCAGCCUACUUUUAAGCUUUGCCUACACCAUCGGGACUUCACACCAGGAGUGGACAUCUUUGAGAAUAUCCAGAAUGCCAUUAACACCAGUAGAAAGACUCUCUGUAUUGUCAGCAAUGACUAUCUCCAAAGUGAGUGGUGCCGCCUUGAGGUGCAGCUGGCUAGUCUCAGGAUGUUCUAUGAGUACCAGGAUGUGGUCAUUUUGAUUUUCCUGGAGGAGAUCCCCAACUAUCGGCUAUCCAGCUACCAUCGACUCCGGAAACUCGUGAAAAAGCAGACAUUUAUCACCUGGCCUAAGAAUUCCCAAGAGAGGCCCCUGUUCUGGGCCCGCAUUAGAAAUGUACUAGGCAACAAGAACGUUAGGGAAGAGAAUGCACAACUGAUUUUGACCGAACCACUGGGAGACUGAAACUCUUGGACAAGACACAGUGUUCAAUAGCAGCAUAAGACCUCCUAUAGCUACUGAUCCUUUGGCUCCAGAUGACACAACAAUGAGUAUUUGGUGG